AUGAGUUCGGCUGCCGCUACCCCUGCACCUACACCAGAAGUGCAACCCCGCUUCCAGCAGCUCUUCACCGAGCUAGAAACCCGCUUCAAGGUAACCAGCCUUGGCAGUGAUAAGUGGUACAUCCUUGCCAUCUCUACACUAGCUGCGAGUCCAGAUCCCGAGCGGGCCGAUCAACUCUAUCUGCACUUGAUCUCUCAGCCAGAGCACUCAACCUCACCGGCUCGUCAAGCUUUAAUAAGGCGUCUGCGUGAGGCGCUCAUAAAAUCAGUGCCCAUUGUUGGUGUCUGCAAGCCUAUCGAAGCCAUUCUGUCUAUUAACAAGUUCGAGCGCGACGAGGAUAAGGACUACACCUUUACUCGUGAGAACUGGCAAUCCGACGAGGCAAACCAUGAGCGUGGCUCGGCAUGGAUGCAAAAGUUGUAUUCUCGCAACACUGGUGGCACAUUGGAUUUGUUUGCUGCACACCGAGACUUCAAGUGGUUAUCCGAGGAAAUCACUUACGGUCUAUAUCUUUCAGAUCGUCAGGUUUUGGAUGAUGUGGAUACGCAGCUUGUUGUCUUGCCAGGGAUCAUGAGUCAAAACUUGCCGCUUGAGACACACUGGCAUAUUCGCGGGACAAGACGCUUAGGCCUGCCCAAGGAAGAGGUGCAGAUCAUUUGGGAUUGUGUUCAGCUGGUGUCUCAGUUCUUUGAUGUCAAGCUGAACAAGGUGCCGACAGUUGAGGCUGUGGAGUAUGAUGUUUGA